AUUUUCCGAAUUUUGUUAUGUGCUAAAUUCCAAAAAAAUAAAUCUUGAACGUUGAAUCUACACGUCUCUCUCCACCUUCUCCAUGAAGAUUUUCAGCCUCCCUUUUCACAUGGUCCAUGAAAAUUUUCUCAUUUUUUCUGCUGGUAAAUUAUAUCAUAGCCUGUGAAGUUUCUCGGGAUUUUCGUUUUAUGAUUGGGUUAUUUGAUAAACUAUGUUGUGGCAUGGUUUGGUCAACUGAUUGACAAAAACCCUUCGAGUUCAAAGUUUGCUGUUGGUUCUCCUUGUCUUGUAAAGCUUGCUUGGAACUUGUAUAGUUCAAUUCAUUAGUACUUUUGGAUUCGCAAGAGAGUUUGUGAGAGUGAAGAAAAUGAUGGAAGCUUUUCUUGCUUCAGUUCAGAAAAACAUAAAAUCUGAAGGAGAGGAAGUGAAAUCUGCAAUACUACAUCUAUUGAAGCUUAUAGCGCUGGCUCUCCCCGGUUUAAUUCUUGCUCACCCAAAAGUACAACUUGUCCCUAAAGCUACUUUCAAGCUCCUUAGCAAGCUUGUUUUUGCUUUGUUCUUGCCUUGCUUAAUAUUCACUCAGCUUGGUCCAUCCAUUACUCUCAAGGACAUUGUUCAGUGGUGGUUCAUUCCUGUAAAUGUAAUCAUUAGUACUUCCAUUGGUUGCAUAUUGGGUUGCUUGGUGGUGUUUAUAUGCCGGCCACCGAGGGAGUUUGUUCGGUUCACAAUCAUCAUGACUGCUUUUGGCAACACUGGCAAUAUUCUACUGGCAGUAGUUGCAUCAGUGUGUCACAGUUCUGAUGCUCCUUUCGGUCCGGAUUGUUAUGGAAAUGGUAUUGCUUAUGUAUCCUUUUCUCAAUGGGUUUCUGUUAUUCUCGUUUACACACUUGUUUACCACGUGAUGAAGCCCCCAUUGGAGCAGUAUGAGAUUGUUGAUGAAGAGAUAGUGAUUGAGUUAGUUCCUGCUGAUCUCAGUGAGCCUCUCCUUGUAGAAUCUGAGUUGACAGGAAUAGAAGAAAAGGAAACUGAACAUAGCAAGACGCCUUUGAUUCCUAGGCUCUUCAAUAGCGUCUCUGGCAUUUCACAAACAAAUUUUCCUGAUCUUGAAGCAAUAGAAGAGGGAAGAGAGGAGGGAGGUGAAAGUAGCUCCAAGUUCAUUAGGUGCUUGGCGGAACCUAGGGUGGCUAGAAAGAUUAGAGUUGUUUCUGAACAGACACCAAUUCACCACAUUCUUCAGCCUCCAACAGUUGCUUUUUUCUUAGCUAUGGUUAUUGGAGUGAUCCCUGCUCUCAGACAUAUGGUUUAUGGUGCCUAUGCUCCUCUUGAAGUUAUCACAGAUAGUUUAGGUACGAUGGCUGAUGCCACAGUGCCUUCUGUCAUGCUUAUUCUUGGGGGAAUGCUUGGUGAGGGUCCAAAUGAAUCGAAACUCGGGAUUCGGACCACGAUUGGCAUUAUUGUUGCAAGGCUGUUGGUGCUUCCUGUAAUUGGAAUUGGGGUCGUCUAUUUGGCUGAUAAAUGGAAUUUCUUAAUUACCGGGGACCGAUUGUACCAGUUUGUGCUUUUGCUGCAAUACACUACACCUAGUGCCAUUUUGUUGGGAGUUAUUGCAAGCUUGAGAGGUUAUGCAGUUAAGGAGGCUUCGGCACUCCUGUUCUGGCAGCAUGUGUGCGCUGUGCUCUCUCUCUCGAUAUAUAUCAUUGUCUACUUUAAACUGCUGUUUUCGUAUAUCUAAGGUUUUUCUUUAACCUUCAUGUUUAAAGCUUCCCAGUUAAAUAUAUAAAUUUAUGCACUGGGCAUGAGUUUCUGAUUAAGAUGAACACAGAACCUUAUUUGAGCAUAAAUGAUUUGUGUAAUUGGUAAAAGGAUGUGUAUGCUAAUCAAACUGCAUUUAAUGAAACUUGCAAGAUUCAGUAGGAUAGGAAAUGUCCAUUUGCUUAGUCUGUUGGCAUUAGCUCAAGUGGUACAUGGAAAUCUGAAGUUUGAACUAUCAAAUGAACAUUAAAAAACGCAUGGAUCCGAUCAACAAAUUGCCAGCUUGAAAGUGUUAAACCCUGCCAGAACGUGUCAUUGAUUAGCAGUUCGUGUACCUGCGUUGUUUUUCUUUUUCUUAUUUAUUAGUCCACAUUAGCUAAAUGAAAUCCUUCAACCAUACCAGAGAGCAUCUUACUAGAGGAUACAACAGACUGGGAUUUGUUUAGUUGCUGAACUGCACUUUCAUUGCACUAGUUCCUUGCUGAUAAUCCCUGAUACACCUAGUUAACUUACCUUGUUGAGGUCAUUCCAAACCUGUAGAGUUCCUCGCAUAGCAGAGGAUGGUUGAGCUUCCAGUGCCAAAAGUAUUAUUCUCUUGAUUCAUUUAGAGAUUUCAAAUUUGAGACCAAGCUACCUGGAGUCAUAGAUAGGGAUUAAGAUGUUUAAUAUUACCCUACAACUCUAAAAGAACUGGGGUUUUUGCCACCGCCGCUGUGUUUGUCUUCAUUUCUCUGUUUUUGUCUCUGGAAAGAUCAGUAACCAGACAUGUAUCCCCUUUUUCAUUAUUUUUAUCUUUAUACCGAUAUGCUUUCUCUCCCCAAAACCACAAACAUGCAUCUGAGAUUUAAAAAAUGGCUCAUCAAUUAUGCCUCUCUGAAUAUAAUAAGAAAGAGAGGGGAAGAGAGAGUUGAUAGGGUUUUAUAAAGAGGUGAAAGUGGAAAGUUAGAAAGGGAGGGAGGUGACGACUAGUCGGACUAUUAAUUCCUCUGCUACUACUUACUCUCCCCUGUGCGAAACAGUUUCUUUCUUUCUUUUUUGCUCCUUUACUUUUCCUUUUCAUUUGCUCUCUUUUCCCUUUCCUGUCUCUUGUUAUAAUUAUGAUGUCUCCCGUUUUAUGUGAGGGUUGUGCUCUCUGGGGAGGGUGGAUGGAUCAUGUGACAUGUUUCAGUGUUGGGCUGGUAGGUGCUAAAUUGCAUCGCUGAGGAUUGAUGAAUAAAGAUGCUUUACAAGAUAAGUUUUAUUCUCUGUUUAUAUGUUUUCCAUCUUUUUUUUAUCUGUUUACAUUUAAGCAUUUUUAUGUGUGUUUUUUGAUCAAUUGACAGUAGAAAUUGAUCCAGUUGAAGUAAGGCAAAUAACUAAUAUGAUUGUAGGGUUGUGGGAAAGAAUAUCGUUGCUGAGCUUCCUACAGUGGGAUUCCUUCUUGCUGCCUAGCUGAUAUCAAUGCCCUUUCCGGAAAAAAGAAGAAAAAAAAAAAGAACAGGUUUUGGUGUAGUUGCACGAGAACAAAGACUGAAACUUUGGGGCAUGCGUAUAACUCCAGCUUAUUGAAGUAGAGUUGUGCUAAUUAUGUUAUUUUCAACAUUCUUUUAGCUGUCAUAUUUGCAGAUUCUGUUUAGAAAAAAGUUGCAUGUAAGCUUUAGAUCAUGAACUUCCUAUAUAUUCCCAUAAGCACAUAUAAUUACCUGAAUAAGAUCUAGGUUUGAAGAAGUCUAUUAAUUCCUUGACAGUCACCAAGUUUGCAGCUUUUAAUUUUGUAAUAUCAUUGUUUAUAUCAUCAACUAACAAAUGCCAACCUCAUUUCAAACCAUAACUUUUUUUAUCCUCCAUUUAAUGUCAUUAAAAUGAAUAAAUAUUUCUUGAUAUGGCACUGCACUGACGAAAAAAGAAGCUAAAGGCCAUUAUUUAUUCUAGAUUAGAUUUUUGUUUUUUGAGAGUUCAAUGUCAAACUUGAUUCAAAAUUUCAACUGGGGUUGUCUUCUUUGAAUUUAAAUGCACCUGCGUCACUUUUCAGGUGGAUCAUGUCCAUGCGUUUAACAAAGACUGAAUCCUUCCUUGCUUGGAAUGAUUGAUUUGUAGCAACAUGACCUUUCAUUUGUAUCUAGAAGAAAUGAUGAGCUAGCAUUCAUCACGAUCAUGACUGCAUGACAAUUUGAAAUCUAAAACAUUGAUAUAGUUGACACACGGAUCCUAAUAAUUAAAAUCUAAAAUUAAUUUUUCUGUUUUUGUUAGCAUCAUUAAUAAAUUUUAAAUUGAUGUGUGUUCUAUCGACAAGUCAAUUUUUUCUUUCUUUUUUGAUUAUGGGAAAUAGUAGAGGGGUUUGACCUUGGAUGCAUACAGUUUCAUCAUAAUGUUCAAAUGAACGUCUAUUAACUGAUUCGACGCAAUGGUUAUGAAGAAGAAUUCAAUUAAUCCUUUAAAAAGCAGAACCAAAAGCAAAGAUGCUAGAGCAUUACUACAUGUAGUAAAGUUAUUCCUUGAGCUGCAACUCCUUCUUUACUGUACAACCUCCUAGAAAUGAUAACAUAGUUAUUCUCAGUAAAAGUUUUAUGGCUUUUCAAGUGAAGGUUUUAUGCAAAGACAGAAAUUCAUGCUAUCAUGACGAAGAUGGAAAGAAUAUUUUUGUGUCUUUUAGCCAUGUUCAAAUUUGAGAUCUCCAAUAAUGAUGCAGAUGCGAGAUAAUAGAACUGGGAAUGGAUUGUUCAUGUUGUGUCCACCUUGUUAGGUCAAUUGGCGUUGUUUAUUUUUAGUUUUGCAGUUACGAAACUGAUUCUGUUUUCACACUGAAUGUCAUGCUGUCUGUAUGAGAAAUGAAUCUAUGCUUUCCUUUUACAAUUGCAAGCAUUUUUUCCAGGAUGCUCUUUCUUUCUUUUUUUUGUUCUUUGGUCUGAUUUGAAUAGGUUAUGAUCCCCUUGGUUUUACCACUGUUGUCACAAUCCUCGACUACAACGGCCUCAUGCUAUUGUAAAUUACAGUUAUUGUAAAUGUUUCAGCUGAAAUCAGAUAGCCAACCGACAUCCAAGAAAGGCAAAUGCAUAGACUGGUUUGUGCUUUUACCUACUGUUUUUAGUGUUGGUGGUUGGGAUUAUUGUUAUGUGAGUGCUGGAGCUUAUAUGCCCUGAAAGAUUACAAAGUCUGUGGAUGCUGAACUGUUAAAAGGAAGUAACCAGAUGAAUUGGACAUGGAUGGCAUCUAUGCUCUUUUGUGUUAUCAUCCACAAUUUUCCAGCAAUAUGGAUAUAGCACGUUCCAUAAGAUUAAUUUGCUGUAGUAUUACAAUUAUUGCUGGAGACUGAGUAGUGUGAACUUAAUUUUUAUUAUGAUUUCAUUCCUUUCCUUUCCUUUAAUCUUUGCUGGAUUCUCCUUCUCAGUGAUUUCCAAAACAAUUUCUUGCAUGUUUGCAGAGACACUCUGCAGUUUUGCAGGCCCUAGGUAUGGAUGAAGAUGACAUGCCAGAAAUCAAUGAUGAAACCAUUCUUGAUGAAGAAGCCAUGGCUAGGAGCUGUCAAAGCAUUUGAAGAGUUCAAGCUUUCUAUCUAUGGAGAGAAUGAUGAUGAGGAAAGUGCCAUUGGCAUUGGAAAAGCAAACGAUGCCGCCAAAAAAAAAAAAAAACAGUUGCUGAAAAUGCAGCUAAGGAGUCUGAAAACUACAACUGGCCAGAUCUGAUUGAUAAUGGACAUGAUACUCGUGUUUCACCUCAGCAAGCAUAGAGCAGUGAAGGGAUUGAAGCUGCUAGGAACCAAGUCAGCCUCAGUUGUUUCUUGAAAACCCUGAAGAUUUUGGAAGAUUCUACUGUAUAGACUAGAGCACAAAAGAGCUAACAUUAGAGCUGUGAAGCAUUGGUGCAGGCAGAUCUUGAGAGGGAUUCUUUACUUCCAUAGCCACGACCCCCCUAUUAUCCAAAGAGGUCUGAAUUGUCAUGUUUUUGUGAAUGGGAACCAAAGAGAAGUGAAGAUUGGAGAUCUUGGCCUAGGUGCACUUAUUACAUAAUAGCAUGCUUCUUACAUAAAAAUGUAUCCUUUUUUUCCCCAUCCUCUCUUCAUGGAUAUUUUUCUACUACUAAUCUUUUUUGUAUGUCAUUUCUCACCUAUUUGUGAUCAGUGAUUCGCUUAAUGACGAUUGUGAACCCCCCGCAGCGAAUCGAGGGGAAAGCCAGCUAGUUAGAUUCCAAACUUUGUUGGUUGUUUGUGCACGCACAUGAAGACUUUUGAGCUUGACGGGAAAGUCAACAAUUUAAUCAUCUAGACUUUCGAGGGCUAAUUUCAGUCAUAAUUUGAUCAUACCAGAUUUAUCAACGGGAUGAUUCAAUUGCUUUCUGCACUGUCUGCUAUAACCUCCAGAACAUAAAUUCUUGCACGGCUAGGAAACCAUUGGUAAUGUGAUGCUACUCUUACCUUAUCCUUCCAUAUUUAUCUAGGGCCUCUUGCUGUAUUUACCACCAUACAUUUGUUGUAAGAACUUGUGCCCGCACAAUGAUAAUGAACUUGAUUUU